UUACGCAGUUCCGACUACUUAAUUCUGUUAAUAAGUUGAAUCGAGAAGCUACAAAGCCAACAGUCACAGGUCUUAUCUUGUACCAAAAUGUUCAAGAAACUACAGCGUAUUGUGGCACUACUGUAACUUUUUGAGAAUAUAAACCGUAGUUGAGAAGUCGAAGUGAAUAUAAAAAAUAACGAUCAGUAAAUAAUCAAUUAAAAAGUUAUCCCGAAAAAUAUUACGGAUUGAGAAGCAUAUUUCGAGUAACAAUCUCUGAUUUGACGCAGUAUAAUAGCAAUUAGGAGCAUCAACUCUUAUAAACAUGGAUGAACCAGAAUUCAAACCAUUUCACAAAACUUACCAAAUAAUAACAUUCGCGUUGAGUGUCGGAAUGAUUUACCCCAACCCGGCCACGGACAAAAUGAGACUAGCCUCCAUACCUAUAUCGAUAUUAACCAUAUUGCCGUUAGCGUGCAUGAUAUUUCUGGAGAUGUACCAGUGCUGGACGCAGGGGGACAUCGUCAACAUAAUACGGCACACCACCGUCCUGGGACCAUUUUUGGGUGGACUCUUUAAGAUGUUCCUCAUGUACCACAAGCGGAAACAAGCGAAACAAAUCCUGGACGAGUUCGAGAGAGAUUACCACCUGUACAACAGCUUCACCGGCGACUACUUGAACAUAGCCCGCGACGGCAUCCGCAACAGCCUCAUCUACAGCGAGAGAGGCUGGGCCAUCACCGUCACCACCUGCGUCAUGACCUUCCCCGUCAUGGCGAUACUCCUCAACGUGUACAACUACACCUUCAAGUUCCAGGCCACCAAAUACAUGAUCCACGAUUUGAACAAGCCCGGCGCCAGUCCUGAGGCGAGGUUCGACUCGCCGUACUACGAAAUAAUGUUCUUCUACAUGAUGUAUUGCUCUUUGCUUUACGUGAUUAACUUCAUUGGAUACGACGGUUUCUUUGGAUUGUCCAUCAACCACGCUUGUAUGAAAAUGAAUUUGUACUGCAAGAUGCUGGAGGACGCUUGGAAAGCUGAACCUAAUGAGAGGUAUCGCAGAGUCGUCGCAGUUAUAGAUGAACAAUGCAGGAUGUUCGAAUUCGUAAACCUCAUCCAAGACACGUUUAACAUAUGGCUGGGCAUCAUAUUCUUGGCGACAAUGAUACAAAUUUGCACGUGUUUGUAUCACAUCACGGAGGGCUACGGAUUCGAUUUGCGGUACAUGAUAUUCGUGAGUGGAGCCACAAUACACAUCUACCUGCCGUGCAGAUACGCUGCUAAACUGAAAGCUAUGGCCGCGGAGACAGCCACGCAUUUCUAUAGCAGCGGCUGGGAGAGGGUCAACGACCGCCGCCUGAGGAACAUGUUGUUGUUCAUGGUGGCGCGUGCGCAGACGCCGCUGCAGAUCACAGCCUUUAACAUGAUAACUUUCGACAUGGAGCUCUUUGUCUCGAUCAUGCAGUCGUCAUACUCCAUGUUUACAUUGCUGAGGUCUUAGGACACUCUUAUAUCAGCUUUGCACCACACGUAAUUAAGUACAAAUUCGUUUAUUCAAUCACGUUAACAAACUUUACUAAGAGCACAUAAACUUCAGAUUAGAAGAACUUCAUGUAGUAUACGUAUCGUAUGCCAGAAAUCAUUUGGGUCUGGCAAGUAGCAGUAUGGAAACACUGUGUUCCCGUUAAGACAUUGUAUACAGUGUAAUACUUUGCAUUAUGAGCUUUAACUCCUAACGUCUAAGAGUGAAAAACGCAUGCAUUACUUAUUGUCUUGGGUUUCUUUUCGGAUUAUAGUUAGGGGUAAGUAUGAGAUGCAAGUAUGGGAAGCUUGAGACAUCAAGCUAUUUUGACUUUUGAACACAAAUUGUAUGAAGUCUUUA